AUGCCAAUGCAGUCUCCUAGAGACGAGGGGUGUCUGGAUGGCCUCGGCAUGCAGCGGACUAUCAACCAGAGAGUGAACUCGAAGACCGGGCUUAGGAGGCCGCAGAACGCGCGCCAGCUUCAAAGCUUCAUGCACGAUAAGCCCGCGCGCCGUGUCCGUCUGGCCAUGCGCAACGCGGACGCUGCGAGGAUGGCCCCUGCGAUGAUACUCAGUCCGCUCGGACACCUCGUUCCUGAUGAUAGGCUGGCUUGGACCACACCUGCGCCUUCGGCCGGCAGCGCACUCCUUCCUGCCGCCAGUUUGCCAAGGCGGCGCGCCGGGGCGGAGGUUAUCGAGGACGACGACGGUCGGGUCUCGGUGGGGAAACCGCCUCGUGGCUGA